AUGGCAGACUUGACCGAUAGUGCCAAGACACUCUACAACAAGAUGUUGGAGUCUCCAGCGUCCACGUUGUUCGGCCAAGAGGACCUCGUCAAGUCCACGGGCAUGAAGCUUAACGACUUAGUUAAGUUCGUCCAAGAGUUGCUCAACCAUAAGCUCAUCAAGUUGGUCAAGCAGGGCGAAGAAUUGAAGUUCCAAGCUGUUUCGAUGGCCGAGGCCUCCAAGAUCACCCAGAUGUCUGACGACGAAGCCAUGAUUUACUCCUACAUCGAAGCCUCGGCAAGAGAGGGUAUUUGGACCAAGACCAUCAAGGCCAAGACCAACUUGCACCAGCACGUUGUGGUCAGAUGCUUAAAGUCCUUGGAAAACCAACGUUACAUCAAGUCCAUCAAAUCGGUAAAGCAUCCAACAAGAAAAAUCUACAUGUUGUACAACUUACAACCAUCCAUAGAAGUCACAGGUGGACCUUGGUUUACUGAUUCCGAAUUGGACACCGAGUUCAUCGACUCAUUAUUGACUGUCAUAUGGAGAUAUGCAGCCUCUAUCACCUACCCCACUGCAUUCCAGCCUCUCAAGCCAGACACAAACAUUCUCCAGGCUACCUAUCCGAUCACGUUUAAUGGUUUUGUCAACCUAGACUCAAUCAUGAAUUUUAUCACCUCGAACAAAAUUACAAACAUUGAUUUGGCUAUCAGCGACAUCAGGUCCUUGUGUGAUGUUCUUGUCAAUGACGAUAAAUUGGAAUUGGUAAACUACACAAAUGACACCUACAAAGCUACCUGGCAAAGUGUGUUGGAGGCUGGAUACGGAAAGGCGUACGCAGAUGAGGAAAACAAGGCCUUGACAAGUGAAUCCUUGAGGGUUUCCUUGCAAAACCAGCCGUUUUCAUUAUUCGAUCAUUUCUCGGUGAUUCCUGAGGAGACCGAUGAGGCAGAUUUGGUAUAUUUGGAGUCCUGGAUCAAUGAAUAA